CUCACCUUGCUGGCUCUGGUGGGGCUGUGUGCGCAUGUGCAGGCUCGGACAGGUGGGGUGAGUGGGACCUUCCCCAGGGACAGGAAGGCCUGCAGCCACUAGCCAGGGGGACAAGCAGUGAACCCUUUGGGAUGCAUGAACGUGACCCCGCUAAGCAGCCAGUGGAGAACUGAGAAGGCAGCUGUAGAGGGGCAGAAUCAUUGUGGGAGGUGGAGCCUAAGUGGAAGACACAGACUCUGCCCACAACUGUGGGUCGUCCUGGCACUGUCCCAGCUGAAAGUGAUGUCUUGCCUGGUGAUGGCGUCCCGGCUGGCUUCCCCCCGCAGCAGAGCUCUGUGCUGCCUCUGGCUCGUCCUGGCCUAUGUGUCUGCACGACCUGCCAACCACUCGGCCGUCCGGGAGAGAGUGACCAACAGGGAGGAGAACGAGAUCCUGCCCCCAGACCACCUGAAUGGAGUGAAGAUGGAGAUGGAUGGGCACCUCAAUAAGGAAUUUCACCAGGAAGUCUUCCUGGGCAAGGCCCGUGAUGAGUUCGAAGAGGACUCAGAGCCACGAAGGAGCCGGAGGAAGCUGAUGGUCAUCUUCUCCAAGGUGGACGUGAAUGCUGACCGCAAGAUCAGCGCCAAGGAGAUGCAGCGCUGGAUCAUGGAGAAGACGGCUGAGCACUUCCAGGAGGCCGUCCGCGAGAACAAGCUGCACUUCCGCGCUGUGGACCCCGACGGCGAUGGCCGCGUGUCAUGGGAUGAGUACCAGCUGAAGUUCCUGGUAAGCAAAGGCCACAAUGAGCGAGAAAUUGCCGAGAGGAUAAAGAACAACGAGGACCUAAAGGUGGACGAGGAGACACAGGAAGUCCUGGAGAACCUCAAGGACCGCUGGUACCAGGCGGACAACCCCCCUGCGGACCUGCUGCUGACUGAGGAGGAGUUCCUGUCUUUCCUCCACCCGGAGCACAGCCGUGGCAUGCUGCAGUUCAUGGUCAAGGAGAUUGUACGAGACCUUGACCAGGAUGGUGACAAGCGGCUCUCCCUGCCUGAGUUCAUCUCCCUGCCUGUGGGCACUGUGGAGAACCAGCAGGCCCAGGACAUCGAUGACAACUGGGUCAAAGACAGGAAGCGAGAAUUUGAGGAGCUGAUAGAUGCCAACCAUGAUGGGAUUGUGACCCCAGAGGAGCUGGAGGAGUACAUGGACCCCAUGAACGAGUACAACGCCCUCAAUGAGGCCAAGCAGAUGAUCGCUAUUGCUGACGAGAACCAGAACCAGCACCUGGAGCCCGAGGAGAUCCUCAAGUACAGCGAGUUCUUCACGGGCAGCAAGCUGGUGGACUACGCCCGCAGUGUGCACGAGGAGUUCUGAUGCCCCAUGAGGCUGCACGUCUGGCACCAGGUCCAGACAGUUCUGACGCUAACCCAGCCUGCGCUUGUGGCCAUGGCUGCAGGUGGUGCCUUCUGGGACCUUCUCCCCCUCCCGUCACACCGAGACAGGCCUGCAGGCCGAUCAUUAAAGAUUUGCUGACCCUGCAGAGCCCUGUGCUGUGUCCUGGGCCUGAGGCCCCUCUGGGCUUCCUUCAGUCCUUGCAGCUUGGACGUCUCUUCUCACACUGAGAACUGCCUCGGGGCCCACUGAGGCUGUUUCUGCCCAUGGAGGCUCCACAGCACCUGCUGCUCCCACGUCUCCUUAGAAACAGAUUAAGAAGCCAGGGGGAUGCUGGGGGAUCACCAGCUUCUUUCUGCACGGACGUGUCAGAACUACCCACACCGGGCAGUGCAACCUCUGAGGAGAUACAAAGUUUAUGGUGACAAGAAUCAUUAAUUUACUUUAAAAUAUAGUUGUUUUUUUCUCCCAGA